ACUCGUUCGUCCCGUCAACAAGAGGAGCAGAGGCGCCGGAGAGGGAAGAGGGUGCGCGCGCUCGCGUGUGUGGUGUCCGCCGGCCCGAUCUGCUCCGCUCCCGCCGCCUCGACCACCACCCCUAUCAGCAUCAUGGGUGCCGGCGGCAGGAUGACAGAGAAGGAGCGGGAGCUGCUCGGCCGCGGCGGCGCCAGCACGACCUUCCAGCGCUCGCCGACGGACAAGCCGCCGUUCACGCUGGCCCAGAUCAAGAAGGCAAUCCCGCCACACUGCUUCGAGCGCUCGGUGAUCAAGUCCUUCUCCUACCUGGGCCAUGACCUCGUCAUCGUCGCGGCCCUACUGUACGUGGCGCUGGUCUGGAUCCCCACCCUCCCGAGCGUGCUGCAGCUGGGCGCCUGGCCGCUCUACUGGGUCGUGCAGGGCUGCGUCAUGACCGGCGUCUGGGUCAUCGCGCACGAGUGCGGCCACCACGCUUUCUCCGACUCCUCGCUGCUCGACGACAUCGUCGGCCUGGUGCUCCACUCGUGGCUGCUCGUCCCCUACUUCUCGUGGAAGUACAGCCACCGCCGCCACCAUUCCAACACGGGCUCGCUGGAGCGCGACGAGGUGUUCGUCCCCUACAUCUACAGCAACCCCGUCGGACGUCUGGGGCUCCUCGUCGUGCAGCUGACCAUCGGGUGGCCGAUGUACCUGUCGCUCAACACCUGCGGCCGCCCGUACCCGCGCUUCGCCUGCCACUUCGACCCCUACAGCCCGAUCUACAACGACCGGGAGCGCGCCCAGGUUUCCAUCUCGGACGUCGGCGUGCUGGCCGUGUCCCUCGCCUUGUCCAAGCUCGCGUCGGCCUUGGGGUUCUGGUGGGUGGUGCGGGUCUACGGCGUGCCGCUGCUGAUCGUGAACGCGUGGCUGGUCCUGGUCACCUACCUGCAGCACACCCACCCGGCGCUGCCGCACUACGACUCGACGGAGUGGGACUGGCUGCGCGGGGCGCUCGCCACCAUGGACCGCGACUACGGCAUCCUCAACCGCGUGUUCCACAACAUCACGGACACGCACGUGGCGCACCACCUCUUCUCCACCAUGCCGCACUACCACGCCAUGGAGGCCACCAAGGCGAUCAAGCCCAUCCUCGGCGAGUACUACCAGUUCGACCCCACCCCCGUCGCCAAGGCCACAUGGCGCGAGGCCAAGGAGUGCAUCUACGUCCGGCCCGAAGACCGCAAGGGAGUCUUCUGGUACAGCAACAAGUUCUCUGCGCCUUAGUCGCCGGCUUAGGUUUGGCCGGCGGUCAUCGUUGGUGUCCGGUCAUUGACAUGGCCGUGUGUGCUGUGUGCGCGUCUGUCAUUGCAUUGGCGUCAUCUACCCCGUUCAUGUCGUGUUGUUGUAGACCAUUUCGUGUUUAUGGCGGAAUAACUGAAACACAAUAAAAAUUACAGUAAAUCGAGAUUCAUAA